ACUAUUUAUGAAUAUUCAUAACAGAGAACAAGUAGCAGUAGAUUUUGAGAGAGAGUAUGGCUUCGAUGAGCAAUUAUCAGAUGAAGGUGAUCACAGGAGACUCCGGAUACGUUCUCCAGGAUGUCCCCCAUCUCACCGACUACAUCCCCAAUCUCCCCACCUAUCCCAAUCCGCUGCGCUCCAAUCCUGCAUAUUCAGUCGUCAAGCAGUACUUUGUAGACAUGGAUGAUAGUGUUCCUCAAAAGAUUGUUGUUCACAAGGACAGUCAACGAGGUGUACAUUUUCGACGAGCUGGACCCCGUCAAAGGGUCUAUUUUGCUCCGGAGGAAGUGCAUGCUUGUAUUGUGACUUGUGGAGGUUUGUGUCCUGGGCUAAACACUGUAAUCAGGGAAAUUGUACAUAGCCUGGAUUAUAUGUAUGGAGCCACCAGAGUCCUGGGGAUUGAUGGAGGCUAUAGGGGUUUCUUUGCAAAGAAUACCAUUCCUUUGACACCGAAGGGUGUGGAUCACAUACAUAAGCGUGGUGGAACCAUCCUGGGAACUUCCCGCGGUGGUCAUGAUACCAAGAAGAUUGUUGACAGCAUUCAGGACCGUGGAAUUAAUCAGGUUUAUAUCAUUGGAGGAGAUGGCACUCAAAAAGGAGCUGCUGUAAUAUAUGAGGAAGUUCGAAAGCGAGGUCUAAAGGUUGUUGUAGCUGGAAUCCCCAAGACAAUUGACAAUGACAUUCCGGUUAUUGAUAGGUCAUUUGGUUUUGAUACUGCUGUAGAGGAAGCCCAACGAGCCAUUAAUGCUGCACAUGUUGAAGCUGAGAGUGCAGAGAAUGGAAUUGGUGUUGUGAAACUCAUGGGUCGCUACAGUGGAUUUAUUGCAAUGUAUGCUACUCUGGCCAGCCGAGAUGUUGAUUGUUGUUUGAUUCCUGAAUCUCCAUUUUAUCUGGAAGGAGAAGGUGGACUUUUUGAAUAUAUUAACAAAAGGCUAAAAGAAAAUGGUCACAUGGUCAUUGUUAUAGCGGAAGGAGCAGGACAGGAGCUUCUUGCUGAAAAAAAUGAACAAGAUGCUUCAGGGAACAAGCUACUUCAAGACGUGGGGUUGUGGAUUUCACAACAAAUAAAGGAACACUUUGCAAAGCGAACUAAAUCUCCAAUUACUCUAAAAUACAUAGAUCCAACUUACAUGAUCCGUGCUAUUCCUAGCAACGCGGCUGACAACGUCUACUGCACACUCCUUGCUCAAAGUGCUGUUCAUGGAGCAAUGGCAGGUUACACGGGCUUCACCAGUGGACUUGUUAAUGGCCGCCAGACAUAUAUUCCUUUCAAUCGUAUUACUGAAUCGCAAAACAAGGUUGUCAUAACUGACCGGAUGUGGGCAAGGCUUCUCUCGUCAACUAAUCAACCGAGCUUCUUGGGCCCUAAAGAGAUUGACGAGUUCAAGAAAGAACAAGGACCUCAAACCCAAUUGUUGGAUGAUGCAAGGGAUUCAGGAAAAGGGACUCCAGGUAAAACAGACACCAACACAAAUGGAAUAAAAGCAAAAGCACUUGGUACUUGAGUUCUUCCUGUUUGCAUGAAUUGGCUCGGAAAAUUAACCUAUGUAUGAGACAUCUACCACAGUAUUGGAUUAAUGGGGUCAUUUAGGAAAGAAUUUCAAUGACAUUUUAAGUUAAAAGUUAUUUGAAUUAGAUAUAUGCAACCGAAAACCGAUCCUUCUGUAUGUAUUUCUUGCAUCAAUUAUUUUUAGAUUGUAUGGAGGAACGAGAAUUUUCACAGGGGAUUUCUUUAAUUUA